AUGAGAAGGAUCACGUUGUUCUGCCUUCUGGUCACCUCUUGUCAAGCAUACAGUGAUCGCUAUGCCAAAGAUUACGCUAACAGAGACUACAGUGUAGAUGAACAGACGAUUAUUUCCUAUCCACGAUCAGUAACUCAUACUUUCCCAAAUCGUACACAAUGCCUUGAAUUAUGUGAAUUACCAUGCACUAUAACGAAUGUGUACAUGGAGAAUCGGAAUAUUGAAAUGUACAACUGUGUGAAACUCCGCCCACCAAAGGUGUCGAUGCUAGGCUCGAUAAAGGCCAACUCAUUCUAUAUGACGCUACUUGUGUUGGGAGUGAUCACAUUAGCCAUUGUACUCUUCAUAACAUUGUGUUUCUGCUGUUCAUAUUGCUGUCGACAACCCGUCGGAAGUCGGGGUUCAUCGAAAGAUGCCCUGAAUCCAGCCGAUGAUGGCGAAUUCAGGGAAUAUCUCACCGAACCUGACAGUGGUAACGUACGAAAAGAGCGUGACUUUUCAAGGAGGCCUCGUGCCACCCCCCAUAUUGUUUAA